AUGGUGCCAUGGCAUGUUUGCGGUGAUUUGAAUGGCGUAAUUAUACGACAUGAUGACUCCCAAGUUGCGCGUCGCAUGGUGGGCAAACCCGUGAUGGAUAUCCGACGGGAACGAGGUACGGUACUCGGAAUUCGCCUUGGAACAGGUGAGGGAACUAUAUGUGGGGCCCGUGGGCUCCGGUGGUCGGGACAGGCCAGGGGCAUGCAGCGCAUGCUGAUGAAUUUCCCGAUCUGGUCAUGGCAAGCCAUCGACCUUGGCAGAUGGACUUUCGGACAUUCGCAGUGUGCGGCCGCCAUUCAAGCGGCAGGGCUACAGAUUAAGCGAGACGUUGCAAGAUUCGCAAGGAAUUGCUCGAAAGGCGUCUUGUACGCGGCCCACGUGAUGGCUGGCGGAUUGCUGCUGGGCGGAACAAGUUGCGUGAUUGGCGCUAGUGCGUGGUCAUGGAGGUUUCCAUCGAGUAAUGUAGAACAGUCUGGUCUCUCAACAAGUGGGUGCUUUUUUGACACGAGACAGCCUGAAUCUCAGCCAGCAUCGGACCGGGGCCGCCAAAAUGUGUAA